CUUUUAUCAGCAGCCGUGAUGUGGGGAGUAAAAACUCUGGCGACAUUCGGUUCUGCAACAGCUCGCUUGUUUGCUGGAUGCAACGAAUUUAAAGUGGGAUCUUCAGUUGUGGAGGUGGCAGCUAAGCCCAGCACAAUGGCAUUGCGGGGAAAACUUGUGGGCCUUGUGCUGGUAUUUGGGGGCAUGCUUUCUGUGUCUGCAAAUGAUGUGGAGGAAAUGGGCCAAGAGAUCUAUGAGGAGACUCUAGAAAGUGGAUUGUACCCUGGAAAUGAGUUCCGCACCAAGUUGUAUCUGCACCCGGGCAUCACCUGGUUUCGCAUCACUUUACAAAAUAAGCCAGGCAACCCCCUUAUAAAUGCCAGUGUAGUGGCUUUAUCCAUACGGGUGGAUAUUGACGUGUCGGCUGGCUUCAAGGGCCACAUUGAGCGCAACUGGCUUGAUGCAACGGGGGCCAGCCAGUUGAAUCCGUCCGAGAGCUCCAUCAUUGGGGAAUUCCCUUUCUACCUUGACUACGUGUUUGAAGUCGUGCUGUACAGCGGGCUGCAGGAUUUUGAGAGGUUCAUCUAG